AUGGAAAUAUAUUCUAUUUAUUGGUUAAUUGUUUGCUUUCAUAAAUCAUUAAUGGAGGAGAAACGAGAAACUUACCAUGUAAGACUUCUCAAGACGCCCUGUGUGAGUUCAGAUGGAGUGAGCAGGUGGCUUUGCAGACGUAUGAAUCUGCCCUGUGAGAAGGGUCCAGAGGGAAGGUAUGACUUUGAGAGCAUGGUUGAGACAGACAGACGUGCGUUCUCCAAAUUCAAUCCUGGAGCCCAGAUGCCUGAUGAAAACGCUCCUCUGGCACCUCUGCGUGACGAUGUGACUCUAAUAGAUCCGUGCUCCGGUCAACUGAGUGCAGGGGCACAGGUGCGUCUGAAAGCAAAGAGCAGAACCCCAUUCAUCGAAACAGUUUACACUCCGUCCGAUCUCUGGGUUCCGACAGGAGCACGAGACAGGCCUCAGACUCCUUCAACCAGACCUUCAGCUCUGAUAUAUGACACUUCUGAGCACAAGAGGUGGAACUCCAGGAUGAAACCAGAGGCUGCAUUAAAGGCUAACCUUAGAGGUAACUGCAACCUUUUUGUUACUGGCCUACACGUUUGGAGUGACUGCAGCAGUGUAACAAAAAGCAAUUUAACAGACUCUUACAUAUUUAUUAACGUAUUCCAUCUGCUUUGUCAUCAGGUUGGACAAGUGCACAGAGUAUUAAACACCCCUCUGAGGACAGCCAUGAAAUAAAUGCGGUCAGUCAUAGCCAUGCUCAAUUAUUCAUCUCUGCUACUGUAAUAAUACUCUUGUAAGCUGUGUUCAAAGCGUUAUCACUUUUAAAGCACUGAACAUUAACAAUUCAUGUGAAAUGUGCCUUAAAGAAAUAGUUCACCCAAAAAUGAACAUUCUGUCAUCAUUUACUCACCCUAUUGUUGCUCCAAACCUGUAUGACUUUUCUGUCUUCCUUGGAACAUAAAAAGAGAAAUUUUGAAGAAUUGUAUUGGUCGCUCUUUUACAUGCAGUUAGGCCUACCGUUAAAGGGUUAGUUUCAC